AUGAGGGGUCAGGAGGACAAAUCCUCAACACGAGAAAGCCGCACGCGCAAUAGGCUAACGCACCCGAGCCGCAGCGCUGAGGUGAAUAAGAGCACAAAAGAAAACUGCUGGCAAAAAGGCGGUUUUAAAACCCCUGAUGUUGUUGCUGGUCCUGAUGUUGGUGCUGCCGAUGUCUUGCAUCCUUCGCCAGGAAUCGAUGAGGAAGAAUUUCUUAAGUGGGCGGACAUCGAUGCAGAUGUUGGAGUCACUGAUGAAACAAGCAAGAAAGAUUUUGAGCAGAACUUGGUCAGUGAAAUUAUUCAGAAGGAAGAAGUGAAGAAUGGAGGAGAAGCAAAUGAUGAUGAUGAUGAGGACAAAGAGCCAUCGGCAGUUUGCCUGUCCACUCAGGGCUUCGAGGCCUGUGUGUCAAGAUUUUUGCAUCCAGUCCUACGAGGCUUAGGUGCUCCGCCAGCAGCGUCCGCUCUGCGUGCAAUCGUAAAACGUACCAUUUGUGCACACUAA